AUGGAAAGGUUCCUGCGCUCCUGGCGACAGGACGCCUUGAACCGUGGCCAGCAUGAUUCGGCCAUCUACAUUGGCGACAAGGUCCUCGCCCUCACCAACAGUGAUUCCGACGCCUUCUGGCUGGCGCAGGUCCAUUUCUCCAACAAUAACUUCACACGCGCCUUAGCUCUUCUCUCCCGCAAGGACCUCAUCUCGAGAAGCACUGCCUGUCGAUACCUCGCUGCGCAUUGCUACAUCAAACAAAACCAGUUCGAGCAGGCCCUGUCAAUCCUCGGCGAACACAACCCCACCGACUUAAUCCGCGACAACAACAGUCGUCGCAAGAUCCAACACCUCAACGACCAAAGCCAUGUCACACUCCGGAAUGGGAAGGCAGCGCGCGGGGAGCGAGGAGAUGAGCGAGAGAGGGAGGAUACCAACAACGUUCGCUUCGAAGCAGCCAUGUGCUACCUGCGGGGUCUCUGUUUCGCCAAGCAGAAUGCGUUCGACCGCGCUCGCGACUGCUACAAGGACGCGGUGCGCAUCGACGUGCAAUGCUUUGAGGCAUUUGACCAAUUGAUGAAGAACUCGCUCAUGUCGCCCGCAGAAGAGCUCGAGUUUCUGGAAUCCUUGGACUUUGACUCUAUCAUCUCGCCCGAUCCUGCUGUGGAGCAGGAAGCGGCUGACUUUACCAAAAUGCUCUACACCACCCGUCUUUCCAAAUACUCCUCUCCGAGCAUCCUAGCCGACGCGACCGAAACCCUCUCCACCCACUACAACCUGGCCGAAAACCCGGACAUUUUGUUAUCGCGCGCCGAGGCGCUGUACACCCAAUGCCGCUUUGCUGAAGCGUUGGAAUUGACCUCCUCCAUUCUAUCUACCUCUCAAUCAACCGAUCUGACAACAUCCAACGCCCCGAGUAUUCCUGCGCAAAGCCAUCUUGGGCAUACCCCUGCGGUGUACCCGCUCCAUUUGGCCUGUCUCUACGAAACGGGAGCGACCAAUGCACUUUUCCUUCUAUCUCAUAUGCUCGCGGACCACGCGCCAGAGGAGCCUUACACCUACCUUGCAAUUGGGGUUUACUAUCUUGCAGUGUCCAAGAUCGCCGAGGCUCGGCGCUUUUUCUCCAAGGCCUCUCUGCUCGAUCCGCACUCGGCGCCAGCUUGGAUCGGGUUUGCACACACAUUUGCUGCAGAAGGCGAACAUGAUCAAGCCAUUGCGGCAUAUAGUACGGCCGCACGAUUGUUCCAGGGGAGCCAUCUGCCCCAGCUUUUUCUGGGUAUGCAGCAUCUCGCACUGAACAACAUGUCUUUGGCUCAUGAGUAUCUCUGUGCCGCUUAUGCCAUGUCCACCGGGGCUGCACCCGGGUCUACGCCUUCCCUUCCGAUGAAUCUAUCGCCUGGCACCUCUCUGGGCGGUGAUCCACUCGUCCUCAAUGAACUGGGCGUUGUUCUAUACCACCAAAACCACCUCGACGGGGCAGUGGAAUUGUUUCGACAGGCCUUGGCCUUGGCCACUUCUCUACAAUGCGAGCCCAGCGCGUGGGUGGCCACACGCGCAAACCUGGGCCAUGCCCUGCGCCGCAUGGGCCGAUUACCCGAGUCUCUGCGUGAGUUCAAUGAGUGUCUGCGCGUGGGCGCCGGAGGAAGCAGCAUGGGGUAUUCGCCUUUCUUGGGCGGCGGUGCAGGAGGCUCCGCCGCGCUCGCGUCCGCAUCAGGCGUCGGGGGCUAUGAAGAUCGUGGACUGGUCGGGUCUCUCCACACCUCCCGCGGGCUGGUUCUCCUCGAGUUGGGCCGCACCACUGACGGGGGUGCCGGUGUCGCAGGCACAUUGCUCUCUCGAGCCCUGGAUAUCUGGGCUUCGGAGGGUCGCGAACGUGAUCGCCAUUCCUUGGAAGAAACGCUCCGAUCAGGCAACAGCCGCAGCUCGACACGAUCCCGCGAGCAGCCACCAGAUGAAACGCCCCGACGCCGCAGCGCCCACCAAGAAUCCUACCCGGGGGAGUGGACGGACGAGGUCGCGCACGUCGCGACCCCAGAAACGGGUGCCGAUACCGACACCCUUGGCGCACGUGUAGAGAUGGAGCUGGAUGAGAAGGCUGACGGGCUGUUACAGCGAGCCUUGGGGCAGGUUCGCCCCAGUAGAUCACGGCCCCCCAGUGCCCGCACCGAUGGGGAAGCGGGUGAGACGCUGGCGACAUCAGGUCGCAGUCGAACCGACAGACAUGGGCGGAGUCAGUCACGACAAUAA